AUGUAUGGAAAGCAAAGUUCAGAAGAAAAACCAUUAACGGAGGAGCUGGAGAAUUGCUCUGGUUUACCAUGUGCAGAUAUCAAUGUCUUAUUGGACCCAGAUAAUUGCCAUGAAAAACAAGUGUGUUCAAGGUGUGGAAAAAGACUCUGUGAUGAAUCUGGAUUAUGUGACUGUUGCCAAAGCCCUGCUGGAGAGAAACAAGAUGAAGGCAGGCAACACCCCAGAAGGAGCCCUCCUCCUCCUUUGCAUGAAAGAAUAGAAGAAGGAGGGAAAACAUACAAAUGUACGGAGUGUGCAGAAACCUUCGGUACAAACCGCUGUCUUACAUUGCAUAAAAAGAUUCACAAAGCAGAGGAUCCACACAAAUGUCUGGAUUGUGGAAGGACCUUCAGGCAGAAAAACCACCUUAAUUCACACAAGAGGGUCCACAAAGAGAAGCAACAGCAUCAAUGCAUCCCCUGUGGAAAGACCUUUGGAAGCAGCGCCUCCCUUAUUUCCCAUAAAAGCCUCCACAGACAGGAAGAAUUGCACCAACGCAGGGAGGGUAGAACGAGGUUUACUCAGCGCAAGGAACCAAAUUCCCAGAAAAAAAGCCCCACUCGGAAGAAACCAUGUAAAUGCCUGGAAUGUGGGAAGAGCUUCCGCUCUGCAAGUGACCUCAGUUGCCAUAAUAGAAUCCAUACAGGGGAAAAGCCAUAUCAUUGCGCCGUGUGUGGAAAGAGCUUUGCGCAAAAGGGCAAUUUCAAUUUACAUAAGAGGAUCCACACAGGAGAGAAGCCGUAUAAAUGCACAGAGUGUGGAAAAUGCUUCGGUGCCUCAGGUACUCUUACUUGCCAUAAGAGGAUCCACACAGAAUUGGUGCUCUAA